AUGACUAUCCCAGCGAACGGCAACCACGGCAACGGCGAGGAACGCGCCUAUGUGUACCGCGACGUGCCGAUGGGCACCAAGCGGAACAUCAAGAUCAUCACCAUCGGCGGCGGCGCGUCCGGUAUCAACAUGGCGUUCCAGCUCAAGACCCACAUGACCGACUACACGCACGUCGCGUACGAGCGCAACACUGAGCUCGGCGGAACAUGGCUCGAGAACAGGUACCCCGGCUGUGCUUGCGACAUCCCCUCCCACUCGUACCAGUUCAGCUGGGCGCCCUACACCAAGUGGCCGAGCUUCUACUCCAAGUCGGAGGACAUUUACGAGUACAUGAACUGGUGUGUCGACACGCACGACCUGCGCGGCGACUUCAAGGUCGGGUACGAAGUCGUCGGCGCCAAGUGGGACGAGGACACGGCCGAGUGGGUCGUCAGCGUCCGUGGGCCGGACGGUGUCGUGUUCGACGACCGUGCCGACUUCCUCGUCAACGGCAACGGCGUGCUCAACAAGUGGAAGUGGCCUUCCAUCGACGGCCUGCACGACUUCAAGGGCCACCUUGUCCACUCAGCCAAGUGGGACCAGACCUACGACUUCAAGGACAAGACCAUCGCCGUCAUUGGCGUCGGAUCAACCGCCGUGCAGAUCAUUCCCAGCCUGCAGCCCAUUGUCGGCAACAUGAAGUGCUUCAUCCGAUCGCCCGCCUGGAUCACCCCAUCCUAUGGUGCCCAGUUUGCCGGACCCAACGGCUCAAACUUCAACUACACCGACGAGCAGAAGGCCAAGUUUGAGGAGAGCCCGGAAGAGUACCUUGCCUACCGCAAGGCCAUCGAGGACAGCCUCAAUGCCCGUUUCAAGAUUAUGCAGAAGGCUUCAGAUGAGCAGAAGGCCGCAAGGGCAGCAUGCACCGCCGAGAUGGCCACCAAGCUUGCGUCCAAGCCCGAGCUUCGCGAGCUCCUGAUCCCAGACUUUGCCGUCGGAUGCCGCCGCCCCACCCCUGGUAACGGCUUCCUCGAGGCGCUCGUGUCCGACAACGUUGACGUUGUCUCGACGCGUAUCGAGCGCGUCACCCCCAACGGCAUCAUGACCGCCGAUGGAGUCGAGCACGUUGUCGAUGCCAUCGUUUGCGCGACGGGCUUUGACGUCUCCCUCAAGCCGCGCUUCCCCUUCGUCGGGCGCAACGGGGCCGACCUUGCCGAGCGCUGGUCCAAGGGCCCUGCAGAGUCGUACAUGUCAAUCAUGGUCGACAACCACCCCAACUACUUCACGUACCUCGGCCCAUCUGCACCCGUCGCCCACGGAUCAGUGCUGCCCAUCAUCGAGGUCAUGUCGCUGUACAUGCUCAAGGUCAUGAACAAGAUGCAGGUGGAGCCCAUCCGGUCCAUCGCGCCGACCGAGCAGGCCGUCAAGGAGUUCAACAUCCACCGCAACGAGCAGCUCAAGACGACUGUCUGGAGCUCCAAGUGCUCGUCAUGGUUCAAGGGCGGCACGAUUGACGGCGACCUCAUCGCGCUCCACCCCGGCUCGCGCAUCCACUUCAUCCAGAUGGUCGAGAACCCCCGGUACGAGGACAUGGAGAUCCAGUACGACGGCAACCGCUACUCGUACCUCGGCAACGGCGUCACCAUGCGUGAAGUCCGCGGCGAAGACCUGUCGUGGUAUCUCAACAACCCGCUCGACGUCACCCUCCCGUACCCCAAGUAA